AUGUCGAGAGUGUUCCUGGAGGAGGCCGAUCGCCCGCCGCCCGCCUAUUAUCAGUCCGAGCAGAAGGGACCGCCACUCAAAAUCGUCCCGUUUCAGACGCCCGAUCCGGAAAGUUUGUUUUUUUUUUGGUCGCCUUCUUUUGAUUUUUCAAAGUUUCAUGAUUCAGCGUGGAUAAGCGCCCCGGAAUUCGUGCCGAGAUCCCGACAACUGGCCGACGCAUUCGGGUUUACGCGGCGAUUGGAGGACCCGCCGGUUCACGAAGACCAUUUUCCUUUUACGGGUAUUCAAGGCUGGCUUUUUGGACUUGGAUCAGAUUGGACUAUUCGGCCCACAAAAAGCACUUCAAUCCAAGUCUAAAAAGCCGACAAAGUUUGGGCACAAAAGUCCGCCGGCCCGGGCUUUUCGUUGGACAUUUAAACCACUUGCAACGUUCCGAUCGGCGCCAAACUUUGCAGGAUUGUUGGACUUGGAUUGAGGGCCAUUGGGACCAACUUUCAGCCCGAUCGGAUCAUCUGAUCCCGAGAUAUGUGGACUAUUGGCCGAUUUUUUCCAAAAAGCUCGUGCUUCUUGCCAAUGGUCCAGAUAUCUCGGGACCAGAUGAUCCGAUCGGGCUGAAACUUGGUCCCAACGGCCCUCAAUCCAAGUCCAAGCCGAUCGGAAUAUUGCAAAUGGUUCAAAGGUCCAGCACUGGGCCUGGUUUUAGAAAACCGAGUGUUCAGGCUGUCAGUUGGCACACGACUACUACGAUUAUCCGAAUCCGAAUGCGAAUAAUCCGUUCGUGACGAUGGCUCCACCCCCUCCGUUCAAUGGAAUUCCGCCGGGCUACACGGCCAACAUGACGACCAUCAAUCGUGAGUUUUUUCCACUAAUUUCGGUCUCCGUAACUUUCGACAAACGUGUAGAGUCUAUCAAACCGUUGUGUGUCUUGAAAUGUAAAGUGAAAAGUGUGUUCCUUCACUCUCUCUCUCUCUCUCUCUCUCUGCCUCAUGCGUUUGCCGCCCUUUACACAAACCAUUCGCUCCCGGCCACUACUAAAUAUCCCUUCUUCUUUUUCUUCCGCCUCCGCUCUCUCUCUCUCUCUCACUCGGAUCCUUGACUCUUUUCCCCUCAUCCCAACAGUUCCUUCGUCUUUUUUCUCUCUCACUCUCUCCGUUUUGCAGCCGGCGGCAACGGUCCUCCGAUCGCGGCCAUUUUGCUCCGUAAAAAGCGGAAAAGACGCUCGAAACCGGCGACAAACUCGAUGGUCAACACACAUUCCGUAAGUUUUUCUAUGCUGAUUUUCAAGGCACAUGUCCUUCCAGACGUCUCCGUGCUCUUCGCACCCGUCUGAUCCGAACGGCGACGACGUCUCCUCGUGCGACGAAUUUCAGAAGACGUCGGGCGGUUCUUGCCCGGAUCUCACGGCGCAGCAGAUUCAGAAAUGGGACGAUUAUCUGGUAAUUUUCGAUUGGAUUACCUUCAUUAGUGCACUGUUUUAAAGUACGAGACGGCGAAGGCGGUGAACGAGAACGGAGUGCUGCACGAGUCGACCGGGGAACGGACCUCCGAGGAUCUCAGCUCUUCGGUCUACGAAAUCGCGGCGCCCGGACUUUUGGACACGGCCGCGCAGACGAUUACCGGCACGGCGAACAAGGAAUUGCAAAAGUUGGAGGAGGAGAUUAACGGAAAUGCGAUGACGUCAUCGAUGGUGCUCCGCCGACUCGCCGGCCACACGUUUAUAUCGGACGGCAGCACCGAGAAGACGUUGGCGCAGGAGAUGAACGAGCUCACGUUCAGACCGCCCGUGCCGGUAAGUCGUUGUUUAAAACGCUAGAACCGGUAGAGGCAUCAGGGGCUUAAUGUCAGACUACAAAUGCCGUAUUCAGCGUUACGCAUAUCCGCAAAUCGACAAUAGUGUCUCGCCGUACGUUCACUUGACAACUCUGGAUCCGAAAAAGAAGAAGAUCACGAAUCAGCUGAUUGACAAGGACGCGCUUAAGGCCUACGUGGGUUACUGUAGAGGAGGAAUUACUGUAGAAGCGUUCAAUUUUCACUCGUUUCAGUUGGACGAGGAAGAUGAAGAGGAGGACUUCCUCGAGGGUCUCAAUAUUACGGUCAACAACUUUGACAACUGUGAGGUAAGAAACGCCAGCGUUUCAAACUUUUAUAUCUCAUUUGUCUGUGGAGAUAUCAAGAUGUAGUCAACAGAUAAAUUGUUUAAAAUUUUAUAAUAAGCAUUUUGUUAGUUUAACGUUUUUUGAUAUCUCUACCGACACCUGAGAUAUACACGCUUUUCUAAUUUGCAAGUUUGUGUUGAGUGUCCUACACAGUAUUUACGGUACCUCAACUAGUUUUCCGCUAUACUCGACCAACUUUUUCCAGGAUCUGACCCUGUCGGACGUUGAGCAACCGUCCCGUUUCCGGCAAUUUCAAGAUGCGAUCCGCAAGAAUACGGUAGUGAUUGCCACGGAUUUGCAGGCGCCCGAACGGCAGUGCUGCACAAUCAUGUAG